AACCGAAAUGCAGGCGAUGCACAGCUGGAUCCUAAUUCUGCUGGCUGGACUUCCGGCUGUUUUCCGGGCGGAGGACCUGCUGGAGCUGUCCUGCACCUCGGACGCCCAGUGCGCCCAGUUCGAAAGGGGUCGCUGCGUGGACCUCACCUGCGUCUGCACGGCACGUGGCUCCGGCGAGCGGGUGGCCUGUGCGCCACUGGAGGAGAAGGUGACCAACAUCAUCGGCGGCCCCUGUCCGUGUCCCAUGCCGGACGCCCUGUGCCACGUGAAGUGGCAGCAGUGCCUCUGCGCCCAGGGCUUCGUGCCCAGCGAGGAUCGGCGCCGCUGCCUGCCGGCGGUCGUCCCGCUGGGCGGCGCCUGCGAGUUCCAGCGGCAGUGCCAGCUGGCCGAGCGCUUCAGCUCCUGCUCCGCCCGCCAGUGCCUCUGUCCCGCCAACUUCGAGCUCCACAAGGGCCACUGCCUGGCCGUAUUGCAAUCCAAAUGCACCUUGGACAAGGACUGUGGCAGCUGUGGCGCCUCGAUUUGCCUCACGAAGUUGGGCAAAUGCGGCUGUGCGGCGCACUUUGUGCACAACCACAACAUGACCAAGUGCAUCGGUGGCUCCGGAUUCGGCGAGAGCUGCGAGCACAGUUCGCCAUGCAAGAUUCACCUGGGCCCGGGUGGCCGCUGCCUGGAUCAUCUCUGCGUCUGUGGGGCCUCCUACUAUCCUAAAAUGUCCAAGGAGGAGCAGGAGGAUCAGGAGCAGGAGAAGCAGCGCAUCACCUGCCAACCCAUCGUGCCCUUUGGCGCCCUCUGUCACCACGAUGGCGACUGCCGGAUGCAGCGAAUCUCCCAGGAGAAUCUCACAGUUCCAGCUGCCUCAAUGGUCUGCAAAUACGGCGAAUGCAGCUGCAGCGAAACCCAUCGACUGGAGGACAACAGGUGCAUCUUCGUGGAGAGUGGCGCCCUGGGAAAGCGACUCCUAUUACCCCUUCUCCUUCUCCAGUUUACAAUGAUUCUUUAUUAG